CGUUUAAAUAUUUGAAUAGACAGUGCAAAUAAAAUAAGUUAGGAAAUGUUAUUGAAACUACGUAUUUAUCUGUUUGCAUGGUGACAAGCAAUGAAUUAGCGGUAUUAAAGGCCGCUGUGUAGUGAAAUUUAUGGAGCCGGAAGUAAAACAAAAACUCGAUUAGUGUCAAAAUAUUAUAGUGAUUCUAUGCUUUGCACACAAAUCGUUUGCCAAUCGAUAUACUAAUCAUUAUCCAAUCAAUGGAAACUAACAUAGCAGGAUUUGUAUGUAACCUUUUUUCAUUAAUCGCGUGGUUUAAGUAAGCAUUGCUAUGUGAGUUAUGCGACGUAACGUGACACGGUUAAUACUGUUGCAAAAAUAUGGAGACGUCUGCAAAGUCGGACAUAACUAUAAAGAGUAUUAUGAUGUCGCAUCGCGGUAUCAUUAACGUAAUGUUUCCUAAACCGGUAUCAAAACCAGGUAAAAUCGGUGUGCGCGAGCCCAAGCGACUAGUAAAGACGAUGGAUUUCGACGUAGAGAAAAACGACUACAGCGUGCCCGAGUUCUACGAGCGCUUUGGUAAGGAGCUGCCUCAAGUGAUCAUGAUAAGUCAAGGAUUCUGUGGAGAUAUCGUAGAAGAUUCAUUCGAUAGAGAAAGUAUUAUUCGCAUCCAGACGGUAUCCAAACAACGUCGAGUGGUCGCCAGGGCCGACAUGGGAGAUCACUCUAAACUGAUCAGCAUCCCGCUUACAUACCCUGAGAAAGUCUGUGUCGUCAAAAACCACAAAUUGGGCAAAGAAAAAACCAUAAAGGAGGUCAUCGAACAUCAGAGCCUCCCUUGUCACGUGCAGUUCCCCAAGAACACAACCAUUAGCGUGGGCGGUCAGAACAUCAGCACCAACCACAUCCCGAAAUUGCUGCUUCAGAAAGCUUUUGAUGAAAUGUACUUGCUUGGAAACUUAAUUGCCGACGGCGUCAUGGGACCAGACGUGGUGAACGUGCCCUUGUACCUGUCUCAACUUCGCAUGGCGCGCGUGAUUGGCCUAAAAAACUCGCCUCCCCAGAAAUGGCGGGGUUACCUUGAGGAAUUGGAGCGCUUCAGUUACUAUUUGAAAUACGACAAAGAGUACGGAAAUCAAGGAAUUGCCCAAUACGACUUAUCAGCGGUUCAUUUUGAGGCCGUCUUCUCCUUUGUUGAACCGCAGACAUACUCUAACAUAAUUUCGGUGUGCCAACAUCAUCGUGAAAACGCCGUAGAUAACACAAAUUACCGGCUGAACGACGUGAAACAACAUGAAGACAUCACUUAUGAAGAAAUCGGAAUGACGCGCGAGUCCGAAAUGCACAAUGACAAGACAGAUAAUCACAGGCCAUCAUUGGCGACGUUUGGCGUCGGUCGAACACCAGCUCAGGCUUCGACUUCCCACAAUUCACAGAAUGUAAAGUCAACAUCUGGAAGCCUGCAAUCAACAGGACCAGAAAAACGUUCCUUCCAAGAAUCGAAUCACAGUCCGCUUAUCGACAGAAACACAAAGCCCCCAAGACCACCUCCGCAGAUUCCAGAGAUGCCAGACAGUCCGAAGCUUCCCGCGCGCCAACCAAGGCCUCCUUCACAGAUUCCGAGUUCUACCAUCAAACAUGAGGCCAUCUACACGAAUAACCUUCCCCGCACGUCCAUUCGCCCCUUCCAACCGGAACGCAAGGAAGCUAUUGAACUUAAGCAGGAACGCUCAUCAAAAUCCGAUCAGCAAAGCAACACUUUGGAUUCGCCAAAUACGCAAGACGAGGUUGAUAAACCGUUACCAAUGGUCAACGACAGCCUUGAUGUAAUCAAACUGUCAAUAAACGAUGUAUGUGGUUACCUUAAAGUGCUGCAUCUUGAUAAAUAUGAGCCCAAGUUCCGAGAUAACCUUAUGGACGGGUCCCUGUUGGUCGCCCUGUCCAAAGAAGAUUUUGAAAAAGAGUUUGGUAUGAAUGGGCUUGAAGCGGUGAGAAUAGUUAAGUUCUCCAAAGAAGGUCAUUUACCAAGGUAGACAACAGCGGCUGUAAGUCGUAGGUGUCUUUUGGAAAAACCUAACAUGACAUGAAGGCACUAGGGCUUCCAAUGUUUUGAACGCACUAUUAAUGUAAAAUAAUUCACUGUUUACGUUUGUAAUACAUAUGUUUUAUAGUAUUUAAGUGGUGUAACUUCUUUCGAUCAUCACAGACGAAAAAUGCAUGUUAUAUUACGCACUUUUUGAAAUGUAAAAUUAUACGAAUGUGUUGAUUAGUUUUUGUAAUUUGUAUUAUCAUAUUGCACUCAUUUAUUUAAUACCGAAUGUUAACUAGUGAGAUAUUUGAUAUUGUUAAACCUUAUUUUUAUUUAAUGGCACAUAAUGUUAUCAGCUUAAGAAGUAAGUGACACACUUGUUUUAUUUGUAUUGUUCUCCUAAAUUGUUAAGUAUAUAGAGAUUGUGUGUGGUAAAUCACUCGUUAAACCUUUUUCCAGUAAUGCUAUUGUUGCAGAACGUUAUAAAUAACAAAUAUAUACACUAUGGCAGAUGAACGAACAUUGUCAAUAAUAUUACGUGUAGCAUACGUGUAUAUUUAAGUUAUGUGAACAUCUUACGGCUUAGAGCACGUAUCUAUUGGUUUAAAAAAACAUAUUUUCAAAGUUACAAAUGGAUGUAUAAGCCCAUGUCAAUUGAAGCUUCAUGAAGAUUCAAUAAUAAUAUAUUGUAUUUAUCAUUGCAUACCAAAGAACAUAAUUUUAACUCCAUCGUAUAUGGAUAUUGAGUGUGAGGUAUCGAAUGCUAUUGUAACUUCAUUUGUACCUGUCAUCAUCAUUAUAAUCAUCAUCAUCAAUUUCUUGAACGGUUUAGUCGUUGGGGGAUAUAUUGUACAUGUACGAAAUAUUAAGUUUUGUGAACGUUUUAUAUCUUCUAAAAUGUAAACAAUAAAAUCUUUAUAAACCA